AUGGAAGAUGCUUUGUUUUGGGCUGCUGCACAAGAUGGAAUUUACUGCGCAAAAUCAGGUUAUCAAUUUUUACAGGAAAAGGUGUCAAGGAGCUCUCCUUCAUCUUCUAGUGCACCUACUUUGUCGGAAGCCCAGUGGUGUUUGUUUUGGAAAUCUCCAGCGUUUCCUCGCUGUAAACAACUAGCUUGGAGAGUCUGGGUUGGAGCUGUACCAGUUAGACACUCUCUUCGCAGGCGGGGACUAGAUAUCGACCCGUGUUGCGCCAUUUGUGGGGUCGAGGAAGAGACGCUGGACCACUUGUUCCUGCGUUGUGAGGUGGUGCGUGCGACGUGGUUUGGGACGGAACUUGGAGUGAGGAUUGAUGACGGAGUUUCAUUCCAUGCUUUCAUGGGGCAGGUUCUGCAAACCCGUGAUAAGGAGGUGGUGGCUGCGGUUCAAACAGUUUUAUGUGCCAUUUGGGAAGCCAGGAAUAAGGUGGUGUUCGAGGGCUAUGAAUUCAGGUGGAGGAACGUGGUCUCGCGCUUCCAAUCUCUAGUGUGCCCUUUUGAUCCAGGAGCUGGUACAACAAGGGAUGCAGGCGACCGUCGAGCGCACACAACCAGGUGGAGAAGACCACCACGGGGUCGCGUGAAGAUGAACAUUGAUGCUGCAACAAAUCAGAGCAAGAUUGCAGGGUUUGGGUGUGUAGCAAGGGACUAUAAUGGUGAUAUUUUGGCUGCUGCAUCUUUGUUUCCUACUGUGGUUCUCUCGGCUACUCUAGGAGAAGCUCUCAGCUUAAGGUGGGCAAUGGUUUUGGCAACACAACUUGGCUUUAGGAGGGUGCAAUUUGAAACUGAUAGUUUAUUGCUUCAUCGGGCUUGGAAGAAAAGAAGAGGCUCAUCUAUUUUAUUUACUGUUAUUGCAUAUUGUUUUAAUUUAAUGCAUUUAUUUGAUUAUGUAGACCUUAGUUUUGUUCGUAGAGAAGGAAAUUCUGCGGCGGACUUUAUGGCACGGAAUGCUUCCUCUCUAUCGAAUGUGGUUUGGGUGGAGGAAGGUCCUCCAGGUUUAACUGCUAUUUUGAACUCUGAUGUAUUGGCCUCUGUGCCUUCUUAA